UAAAAUGAGUAAUUGGGUUUAAUAAAAUUCAAAAUAAAAAACAGAAAGUGGCAAAUCCUUCUGUUAGCGAUGUGACUGUGACCCAUUCACGAACACUCGUGCAUCAAUUUUCCAACAUUUUGUGACACAUUUCUAAAAUAUGCCAAAUCUAUCCCCUCUCUCUCUCUCUCUCUCCUGAUUAUUGCCUUGAAGGGGGAAGAACAAACGCACGAGGCCCGUAGCUGAGGCAAUAAGAUCUUGAUCCGUAAAAGCCCAUUUCUAUGCGUUAUUGAAUUCAACAAAAGCAACUGAAGAAACUAGACACGUAAUUCGAUGGAGGUUCGAGAUGAGAGCGAUACUCAAUCGCGCCAUCAUCAGGAGCAACAAUCACCAACCACCCCCUCCUCCAAGCAACUCAAUUCUUCUCCCAAUCAUGUCGAUACCAAUUCCGUUACCCAAAGGUUGCAGAAGGAGCUUAUGGCUCUAAUGAUGAGUGGUGGAGAUCUGGGAGUAUCGGCCUUCCCUGACGGGGAGAGCAUAUUUACGUGGACUGGCACAAUUGAAGGCGGCAAAGGAACUAUGUACGACGGUCUGUCUUACAAACUUUUGCUGCGCUUUCCACUAGAUUAUCCUUUCAAGCCUCCUCAAGUCAAGUUUGAGACUGCAUGCUUCCAUCCAAAUGUCGACCAAUUUGGGAAUAUUUGUUUGGACAUUCUUCAGGAUAAGUGGUCUUCAGCAUAUGAUUGCAGAACGAUUCUCUUGUCCAUCCAGAGCCUACUAGGAGAACCCAAUACUCAGAGCCCUCUCAAUGCGUCUGCUGCUUUGCUCUGGAAGAACCAGGAAGAGUACAGAAAAGCAGUGCGCAAAUAUUACAUGGCUGGUGGAGAUUCAUUAGAUAACUGAUCAAAACUGCAGUAAUAAACUUCAAGAAGGAAGAAGAUCUAUCUCUAUGGAAAUAUUAGGCUUGGACAGUUAUUUCCUUCGCUGAAAAAAUGAAGACGUGUUCUUUUUCUUUAAUUAGUAAAUUAAUGUACAUCAAAUUGUAAUCAAACCAUGAUUAUAUAUGUUUCUGGUAUCUGUAUAAAUUAAUGAUCCUGGUCA